AUGGAUGACCAGCAAAAACGAACAUUGGAAGCACUAGAGCGAAGGUUUGCACAAGCAGAGGCAGAGCUUCAUAAAAAGCAACAUAAGAGCAAGAAAAAGCAAAUUGAAGAUACAGGGAAGGCCAGUUCUAAUAUUGAAUCUUUAUCUUCAGAUACGGCAGUUAAAAAACCCUAUUCCAGUGCCUCGUCCAGAAAAGGCAAUAUUUCUUUCAGGGGUCAUAACACUGCACAAGAUGUAGAAGUAAAUGAGCCAGCAUACUUGGAGCUUUCUUAUCUUGUACAUGAAAAUUUGCUGCCAACGGGUGUGAAGAACUCGGAUGGAAAAACUGCAGUUGAUCGUAUUUUACAUCAACUUUUUCAACAUGGUGAUUCAGCUCAGAAGUACAUGCAGGGAUCCAAAAGCAUGAAAAUUGACAAUUUCAUCCUUCUCGAUAAUUUUGUUCCUAAAAGUAGCGGUUCUAGAAAUCGCAUUCAAGCUUUAAAGAGACACUCAAAGCGAUCAAAAAAGCAUAUGUCCCUGAAGCAACUUAAAAAAUGUGGAUUAUUUAAUUUAUCCAACAAGUUCCACAAGUGA